CAAAAGAGGCGCAGGGGCAGCGCCUGUUGGUGUCGUCCUCACCGUCACGGCGGGCGCCUCUUCCUGGAUUCAUUCAUUCGUUUUUCUAUUCACGAAGGUAGUAAGGCCUAGUUGAAAGCCAUGGAGAGCGCUUUUCCUGCCGCCGGCUUCUUGUACUGGGUAGGCGCAGGCACCGUGGCCUACGUGGCCCUGCGCAUCUCGUACUUGCUCUUCACGGCCCUUCGGGUCUGGGGUUUGAGUCACGAGGCAGGGGUCGGACCCAGGCUCGGAGAAUGGGCAGUUGUCACAGGUGGUACUGAUGGAAUUGGAAAAUCAUAUGCAGAAGAGUUAGCGAAACAUGGAAUGAAGGUUGUCCUUAUCAGCAGAUCACAGGAUAAACUGAAUCAAGUUUCCAGUGAAAUAAGAGAAAAAUUCAAAGUGGAAACAAGGACCAUUGCUGUUGACUUUGCAUCAGAAGAUAUUUAUGAUAAAAUUAAAACAAGCUUGGCAGGUCUUAAAAUUGGUGUUUUAGUGAACAAUGUGGGAAUCUCAUAUGAGUAUCCUGAAUACUUUUUGGACGUUCCUGACUUGGACAACACCAUCAAGAAACUGAUAAAUAUUAAUGUUCUUUCUGUUUGUAAGAUGACACGAUUGGUGCUGCCUGGUAUGGUGGAAAGAUCUAAAGGGGCAAUUCUGAACAUUUCCUCUGCCAGUGGCAUAGCCCCAGUUCCACUGUUGGCCAUCUACUCUGCAACCAAGGCUUUUGCGGAUUUCUUCUCUCAGUGCCUCCAUGAGGAAUAUAAGAGCAAGGGCAUCUUUGUGCAGAGUGUCCGGCCGUACUACGUAGCUACAAAGCUGUCGAAAAUCCGAAAGCCAACCCUGGAUAAGCCGUCUGCAGAGACGUAUGUGAAGUCUGCAAUGAGAACGGUGGGCUUGCAGUCCCGAACCACCGGAUACCCGGUCCAUUUUCUUAUGGACUCAAUACUUUCAGUUAUGCCUACCUGGCUGUAUUUCAAAAUGACCAUGAAUUUGGGCAAGUCCACGCGGGCUCGCUAUAUGAAGAAAGCCAAGAAGAACUAAGCAUUGGUAACUGUACUGAGUAGCUUGGCCAGGCGUGCCAGCUUACGCGUGUUUACGGCAAGGCACCCACCCCUCUCCAAAGUCUGCGGUUGUCAUUUUAUCAAUUACUAAUAAGGCUAAAUGUUGUCAUAAUUGGGACGAAAGCAAAGUUGCCUUCAGGAGUUCUGGCCAUAUAUUUUGAAUACUGCCAGGAGUUAUUUUGAAGUUUAAUAUAAAUGUUCCUAUCAAAUGGACAUAGAACUAAUGCUAGCAAGAACAGUGUAAUGGGAAGGAACAUGAUUUUGGCAAAUCACAGAAUGAUUGAAUCAGACAUAAUGCUUCAGUGGUUUCAUUUGGCCCAAAAUGCCAAUGAUGAUGGUUCUUGUAUUUUCUCUGAGUUAUACUUUAAAAAGUAAUGGCCAGCUACUCUUUUUGUUUGUUAUUAACACUUCGAGGGAGUGGAGAUUAAUUGAUUCACUUAUGGGAGGACACACUGUAAUAUGCAUCGCUAUGAGGUUUUCUGAAAGUAUGUCCCAAUUUGUACAUUUAUGUGGAACUUUUUGUUCUCAAAAGGUAGCUAAUGACAUAAAAAUAAUACACGAAAUAUGGAGUUCCUUUUGACACAUGAAGCCCACUAAUAUAUGCUUUCCUCUAACACAUAUUUCUUCUCAGUUUAAAUGCAUGUAAAUACUGAAAGCUAUAUGGUAUGAUUUAUAAAGGAAAAUGGACCAAAAAAUACAUUGAGAUGAGCAGCCACCUACAGUGCCACUAAAUCCCUGACCCAGGAGAAUGGCCUGCUUGGACCCCAGCCUCCUUUGUUUCUGCACUGCAUCAAUCCUGUUCACAUAUGUGACCGCAGGCUUUUCCCAAAACAGUAAUGAUAAUGGAGAAGUGAUAAAUCGAUACCCUGUAGAUAGCAAUCUGACUAGCUUUAAUAAAAGUUGAUUUAACCACA